AUGAAAAAAGACGAAGCUCUAAUAAUUUUGAAGAAAUACAUUACAGAAGAAGAUUGUCUAUUUUGUUAGAAAUAUGGAAGAGUAACAACAGAUAAAAUUAAUUUUGCACCUCUUCUCAAUCGAGUAAGAAAUAAUCAUAUAGUAAUUAGGCUUUAUACACAAAAUAUUCUUAAUCUCAAUGGAAUGGAAAAAAAUAUGAGGACUUAUUUUCUACAAAACCAGUAUCAUGGGUGAUUCAAUUUAAAGAUAGAUUAACAUUUGAAGAUUAUGAUGAAUUUCUUAAGAGGUAUAAAAGAAAAAAGUAUUUGCGUUUAUUAGGUUUUAUCCAAAGAGUGAUUAAUAAUCUAAAUUUGAUUAAUUAUUAGAAUACUAUAAGUAUCACAAAGACAUUCCAAGAAUGUUUUUACCAAGAGUUUCUGAUUUAGCAAUUUAUUUUUAUGAAAAAAAGAAGUAAAUUAUUUUAAGAUUAAAAUAUUAGAUAGAUAGAGUAUAGAAAGAUAAAAUUUAUGUUGGGCAUUCCUGUUGAUGAUGCUAGUAAUUGUACCUGUAAUCAUAUAGAAAUAAUUAGAAUAUGAGAAGCUUAAAGAAGAUAUCAAAGUAUUAAAUAGCAUAACUCAACAAACUCAAGUUUCUAGUCUUUCCCUAUUAAGAGAAAUCUUAAAAUCUAAAGCUAGUGAUGAAAUAAUUGUAAUUAUAUCUCAUAUAUCCUUAGAAUAUAGAUGCUACAUGGAUGACUAUGAAUUAGUAAUAGUAAUAAUAAUAAAAAUCUUAAUAUCCUCCUAAUUUGAAAUUGCUUAAAUAAUUAAUAUCCAAAAAUACUCAAUUUUAUAAAGACAAAUAAAAUAUUUAUGUAGCUGGAAUUAGUAAGAAGUCUAUUCAAAAUUCACCUUAACAAAAAGGGCAUCUCAAGACUUUAAGUAAAGAGAUAUCCCAAAAGUCAUUAGUUUCAUCUAAUAAAAUAAUUAAUAAUAGUAAUGGAGAUACAGAUUUAUAGAAAUUUUUAAAGUAAUAAAUUUUAUCUUAAAAUCAUGCAAAUCCAUGUAUAUCUAGUUCAAAAUAAUCUGCUAAAGCUAAUCAGAUAUCAAAUUAUCAAUCUAAAUAAAAUAGUAUUCAUUAUAUUACUAGCACUCGAAGUAUAUCUUCAGAGCAAUUAAAAUUUAUAUAAUCACAAUAACCAUUGAAAUAAAUUAAUAGUCCUAAUUUAAUUAUUCCAACACAUAAGAAAAGUUAGACCCAAACUCAUUAUACAGAGAUAAAUUCACCUAAUAAGUAUUCUAAAUAAAUCUCUUUGAAAAUGCACACAAAUAUGGGAUAAGAUCUAAAAUAAUAAUUAAUUCAAACAAAAUCCUCUGAAAAACUCUUUAAAAUAUAUACUACACAAUCAUCUGUACCUUUGUCAACAAACAUCAAUAUCAAUAUUAACCAACUUAAUAUGAAUAAUUUAAAUAUUAAGACACCCUUUUAAUAAUACAAAGCUAUGUUAGACAGUCCAAAAAUCAAUUCAAAAUAAAAAACACAAUCUAACAUUGAAACAUAAAGGAUUACUAGUGCUUAAAAGAGUACAAGUUCUUAGAAAAAAACCUAAAUCUCAGUUUAAUAGUUAUAUGUCUAAAAAAUCAAAUCAAAAAAUAAAAUGAUGAAAAAAUGA